GCAGUACCUCGGAAAUCUCCGCGAUAGCUUUGAGGACAUCGAGAAGGCGCUGAACUUGGAGAUUACCAGCGACGUCAACGUCACCAGCCACAUCUCCAAGCUCUGCAGCCUCGCUCACAGCUGCGCCAUCUUCAUCCAGUUCCUCCAGCAGGGCGAGCCGAGCUACCAGAAGCUGCUCCAGAAACACGCCAGUCAGGACAUUCAGUACCAAUGGAAUCAGGCAAUGGCGAAGAUUCGGACUUAUUGCAGCGACCUCAUGAACCGUAUCGUCACGCUCACGCGCUCCGACCUCUCUCUUGUCAACGACCAGGCCACCACCAGCAUGCUGACCUCCACGAUCGUGAACUAUCUGCGGUCGAUUAACGGUUUUGCGAGCCAGCUGGACACUCAAGUGCUGAGUCGCUAUGUGAGUCAGUUCCCCGAGCUCAGCAGCCAGACACUCUCGCACUUCGAACUGUACUGCGCGUCGAUGGUGUUGGCGUUGAAGCAGUAUUUGAUGAAUUCGGGUCGGAGUUGCUUCGAUCUCCCGAAAUUCCGACUCUAUUUGCUGGUAAACUACGCGUAUAUAAUCAACGGAGCGAAGGACGGACAUAUCGCCUACGGGCAGUUCAUCGCGGAUCUUCUCCAUCAGAUGUACGAGCAGGAGCUGUCUACGUAUCUCUCGAUUUCGUUCGGAUGGAGAGGGAGAUUGAUCGUAGAUGGAGUCGACUGUAUGCUUUGGCGGUGAAUCAGGUCACGCCGCAAUAUGAGAGCGAGAAAGCGCUGACGCAGGCGAGUCGUCGCGCGAUCAAAGCGAUUUUCGCUGUCGGAGUGAGGGAGGAUCGCGAUGUGUAGGAGUGGAACAAGAUCUACGAGCAGCUGGUUCCGUCGCAUUUCGAUUAUGAUAUUCAAAACGCGGAGUUGAAGAACCGGAUUCUGGAGGAGGUGAACAAAGCAGUGAAGGAGUAUGUGACGAUGUGGAACGCGUAUCGCGAUCUGCCUUUCUCGCUGCAUCAUAAGAAGUCGUAUUUGACGCACCCGCCGGAGGAGGUGCGAAGUGAAGUGACGCAGCUGUUUACGUGUCCUAGUU